UUAAGGAUACAGCUCUUCCGAGGUGGAGAGGGCUCUCGCCAGCUCUGACUGCUGCUGAAUCCGGAUCCUGCUCCUCCUCCUCCUCCCAGAGGAGGUCUGCCGCCUGGCUUGCCUCCUCGCUCACCCACUCCUCGCCCCCGACUCCAGCGACUCCCACCCCGGUAAGGCCUGCCUCGAAAGCGGAAACGGUCCAAGGCGAUGUGGCUCCGCUCCCAGAAAGACGGCCGGGGGCUGCUUUCGGUCAGUGAGUUCGAAGGCACCCGCACGGAGGGUGGGUGAGACCGGAACGGUUCUUUGGGUCGGUAGCUGCUGUGUCCCCUGAGGUGGCCCCGCUCCGACGCGUGCCGCGAGCGUGAGAAAUUCCUCAGCUGUUGCUGAGAAGAGGACGAUGACGAGGAAGAGCCACCGCCUCCGCCGGAUCCACCGCCCCGGGCCGGGUGAGUUGGCCUUCGCCGCGGAUACGGUAACAACCCGCCGCCGCUGCUACUGCUACUGCUCCGGCUCCGUAUCUGACUGUUAUUAUCGUCGUCACUGAUCUCCCCAUCUUCAAGCUCCCCUUCUUCCUUCGGCGAGAGGCCGCUGGAGGCCGGGGCCGGAGUAUCCACAGCCGCCAUCCGGGGAGCAGCGCCUUCCGCACAACCUUACCCUCCGUCCUGGGAUCCGCCCGACGGUUCCCUUUCUCCUCGGCUCCCUUUCUUAACGGACCCGGUCGCUGCGGCCUUACCCCUAUACGGACAACUAGCGGGCUCUGCUCCCCAACUUCCCCGCACCCCAGCUCUUUCUCGUCGGGCCGUCGCAACCCAGUUCCACCUCCUAGCGCCCCCUUGCACUUCAGCGAUCGGGGAUCUUCCGCCUCGCGAGAAAGGGGUUCUAAAGCGGCUGUGUCCGAGACGUCACUUCCUGCGAUACGCAGGAAACGAAGCUCCCAUUCACGCGAUAGCAAUGAGGCCAACGCGAUGCUUCCUGGGAUUUGUAGUCUUUGUCUUUCACCGGAUUUGUUCUUCUGGACUACGAUUCACACCCACUCCAGGCUCUGGACUGGGACAGAUAGGUGUGUGGAGGGGUCUGCAGAUCUGCUCUUGGCUGUAACCUUCCGAGAGUUUCAUAGUACAUAAUCGGAGGGGAAAACAACCUCUUCCUUUUAAUUGCUCCGGGGACCGCUGCCAAAGAGACGCAGUGGACCUACUCUCUUUUGGGGGUAAGGAGAGGGAACGGGUUGUGUCCGCCAUGUUGGUGAAGGCAAACGGAGGCGACUGGAGCUCCACGACUGUCAGCUCCGCUGGCUCAAGUCCGCCAUAUUAAUAAAGAGAAAGGGAAGGUUGACCCUUCCUCGUCCUCCCCCCGCCCUCCACAUACACACCCCUUUUUCCCACACAACUCUCACGACUAAGCUCAGUGGGCCUUUCGCCUGCCUCGAUUGUCCAGCCUUUACCAGAAGGAAGCUUAGCAUCCAGCGCCUCAGAACAGGCUUAAGACAGCGCCGAAUGAGGGGGAAAGAGAAAUGCCGACCAAUUGCGCCGCGGCGGGCUGUGCUACUACCUACAACAAGCACAUUAACAUCAGCUUCCACAGGUUUCCUUUGGAUCCUAAAAGAAGAAAAGAAUGGGUUCGCCUUGUUAGGCGCAAAGAUUUUGUGCCAGGAAAACAUACUUUUCUUUGUUCAAAGCACUUUGAAGCCUCCUGUUUUGACCUAACAGGACAAACUCGGCGACUUAAAAUGGAUGCUGUUCCAACUAUUUUUGAUUUUUGUACCCACAUAAAGUCUAUGAAACUCAAGUCAAGGAAUCUUUUGAAGAAAAACAAUAGUUGUACUCCAGCUGGACCAUCUAAUUUUAAGUCAAACAGUAGUAGUCAGCAAGUACUACUUGAACAUAGUUACGCCUUUAGGAAUCCUAUGGAGGCAAAAAAGAGGAUAAUUAAACUGGAAAAAGAAAUAGCAAGCUUAAGAAGAAAAAUGAAAACUUGCCUACAAAAAGAACGCAGAGCAACUCGAAGAUGGAUCAAAGCCACGUGCUUGGUGAAGAAUUUAGAAGCAAAUAACACAUCACCUAAGGGCAAAUCAGAACACAUUUUACCACCUGCCUUAAGUAACCUUCCUUUAGAAGAUUUCAAGAUUCUUGAACAAGAUGAACAAGAUAAAACAUUACCAAUUAUCUAAUCCUAAAACAUACUGAGAGUACCUUCUUUUAAGUUUAGCUUGCAUAGAACUUGAUGCCCAUCCUUCAUUCUUUUCAGAGGUAAAGAUAUUUACAAUUAUGCCAAAAUUGAGUAUUUAAUAAAUUUUUACUUGAAGUAAUAUUAUUACUGUAUAACUGAUGAAGACUUGAUUACAAAAAAAAUAAAAUCCUUCUUAUGAGAAUUUUAUUUGAAAAUGAAUGUAAGUGCCUUACAUGAGAAUUACAUACGUAAAAUUUUUGCUAGGAUAUUAUGUGUUUGCAAGGUGUUUUGUGUUUUUGUCUUUUUAAACUACUAUUAAAGAAUAGCCUAUGACAAGUAUUAUGUUUAAUUUAUGUUAGAAAAAAAUUUUUUCCUGCACCAAAGUUGGUAUAUUACAUUCUAAAUAAGAUACUAAGUAGGAGUUAACCAGCAUUAAAUGUGAUCUUAAAACCGCUGGGUUUUGUAUUAAUUAUUAUUGGCACUGUGAUGUGAAAAAUUCAUAGAAAAAACCUGAGGUACAGGGCAAGCUCUUUUAUUUAAACUUUCUGAUUUUUCUUUUACCAGUAAAGGUGAGCUUAUCAUGGUCUCCCUCAUAAGAAUAUUAGAUUUUAAAAUAGGCUGUAAAAUUUUUGGAAAUAAUAUUUCUGAAUGUGAAGUACCUUUCAGUCAUCCAAACUAGGUAAGGCCUCAAGUACCUCAGACUAGUAAAAACUAGUAGCUGAUGAUAUUCACUUUCUAAGAAAACACUGUUGUGAAAUAAUGCAAAGUUUAGGAUCUAGCUUUUUACCUUAAUUGAACAAAUGAGGGCUGGCUGGUUAGCUCAGCUGGUUACAGUAAGGUGUUAAAACACCAAGGUCAAGGGUUCAGAUCACCAUACCGGCCAGCUGCCAAAAAAAAAAAAAAAAAAAAAAAAUAGAUAAAUGUAUACUACUCUUUCUCAUAAUAAAAAUAUUAAAUUUCCAACUUCAAAAUUGGUGCAUCAAUAAGCAAACAUGUUACCAAGUUCCAUGUUAGGCAUAUCCUGUUUCCAUGUGUGUUAAUACUAAAACUCUUAAGCUUUUUUUCUUUCUUAACUACUUUACAAUUACAUUCUAUACCUCAGAAAUAACAUAACAGUAUAGUGGGCUUUUUUCCCCCCUCUUCAUAAACCCACGGUAAAAUUUAAUCACUAUUUGUAACUUAAAAUAGAAUCAAUUUAUCUUACACAUCAGCUUUUUAUCUCUUGUUUUUAUCUCCUUUUUUAGUGAGUCAAAUAGAGCAACCAUACUGCAUAAGGGAAAUGAAAUGUAGUUCUCUGUAAAAAUACAUGUAUGUCUGUGACAAAGCUAUGCAAAUGCUAAUUAUUUUAUAAAAUAAAAAUAUCAGAACUAUUCUUAUGGUUGCCACUUGAACAAUUAAAGGGUUUGCCUUAUUUCACCAAAUGUUUAAUAAGAACCCUUUCCUUCAAACAGCUUUGGCCAAAUUAUAAAAAUUUAUUAAUAUAUAAUCAAGUUGUUUAACCCUAAGUGAAGCCUGUGAUACUACCAUAUGAAAGAAGCAUAUACCUAAUCAUAAACUGCUUUAAAUCUAUCCUAUAAAGUAAUAGCUACUUCAUGAUAAAACAAAACAAAACAAAAAAUUUGUAUUGCUUUUUUUUAAAUAUUUGCUUGAAUCCUAGCAGCAAUCUUUUCACAGCAUUAGUACUCUUUUAGUAAGGAACACCUCCCAAGCAAAUGUAAAUGUAGGAAAAGUCUCAAAUAUUUACAAAAAUACUUUCGUGGAUGGUAUAAAACUUGUUCAUCAUUUUCUUUAUCUUAAGUAAUGGACAUAGUUUGUUAGAAUUAUUAUUACGUGUUUUUUUCUAACAUGGCUUUAAAUACCUUUUCACCAGUAUAUAAUCAUCAGCACUUACUGACCAUAUUUACUUAACAACUCAAAAUAAGGUAGGCAAAGAAUCAUUUGAAUUCAAACUAUAUUUUCAAACAAUAGACUCUCAUGUGGUUCACGCCCCACCCCAAAUACAAAACAAAACAGUUUAAUUAAUGCAGCCCAGUUCUCAUCUACAAUAAUAUCUUGGUUUCUUAAUAUAACACUUUAAAAAUCAUAAAAAUAAAACAUUGUAAAAUACAGCAAGCUUUUAGUCUUCAUUAUUUGACACCACUGAAUAAACCACCAGUAAAUUUUUGUGUGUUUUCUGUGUCAUUUUCAUGUUAUUGUCCUGAUAACAUACUCCAAACCCUCCCUUCAUCAAAUUGUUUUAUUAGCAUACAUCUGUCUGCCUUAAAACCAGCUUCAUUCAUAGAGAAAAACCUAAAAGGAAUCUCUUAACCUCUGUUUUCAGUUGUUGAUAGAUUUCUUAUCACUCUGACCAUAAAUCAUAAAACUAAUCAAAAUUAUAAUAGCUCUUUUUCCUCUGCUAGACACAGCACAUCCUCUUUUAAUUCAUUCUGCAUCUCCAGGGCACUAAGCUCUACAAAGAACCAGCAAAAGGAUAGGAACUUGACAUAAAAAUGAAUACGACAUAAUCUUCUACCCUCAAGUUGCUCAAAGUUUCCUGAGAGAAACUAUAAUACAAUCUGAUAAAUGUUAUAAAAGAAAUAGGUGCAAAGUGCUUUCUUUGGAAAACACUGUUGAGGAUUGGAAUUCAAAGAGAAAUACGCUUUAGGUGUUCUUAUAAUCAAAUGGUUUUCUUUUGAAACAAAACAUUUUUGUCUUAAAAUGACUUACCAAACGAGGUAGGACAUUGGUGUUUGACCUGAAUUACAGUGUUAUUAAUUUUUAAUGAGUUAUAAGAUAUUUUUACCUUUUAAGAUGAACACUGAACAAAUUUGUUGUUAAAAGGAAAACAUAGCUAUAAAUAAAAUACUGCAUCAAAGCCAAGUACUGGAGUUUAUUUGAAAUUUGAUAAUUUCUACAAGAUAAUAAACCCCACUAACAGAGAUAUUUAAAAUAAUUUAACUCAGAGUCUUACAAAACAAUUUGGCACCCAUUCAUUCUUACUUUUUCCUUACAACUAUUCUGUGUUAGUAGGUGGUAUUAUCUCUGAAGUAUAUCUGGUGGUAUUACAUAUGAAGAAAUACUUAAUGUAAUUUAUUUAUUCAUUCAUUUACUAUGUGCAAUUUAUUUAUUCAUUCAGACAUUUACUAUGUGCCAACUUGCACAUGGGAUUGCCUAUGAUCUAGAAUGUUCUAGAUUGAACACAGGUCUUCCACCUCCAAAUCCCCUCUGUCCUCCAUAUUCUAACCCUCCAUUUAACAUAUGACUCAUGUUAUUAAAAUAAGACAAAUCAUGUCUUAAAAAAAUGAAAAUAAGAUAAAAUUUUAUAUAUAUUGUAGUAAAGACAGUCUAUGAGGUCAUUGUUGAUCUUUUCUAGGCAGACUUUAUAAUGUUUGGUGUUUUAUCUCAUUUCUCAAUGUUAGAAUACGGGUAAAUUUUAAUUUGUGUAUAAUAUAGAAAAUGGUUCAUCUUUAUACCAGAAUGUGGGAUUCUUUUGAUAUCUGGACAGUUUAGAAGCUUUCUAAAAUUCAGGAUUUUGUAAUGUAUAUUCAACAUUGCAUACUGU